UGCUUCAGGUGAGAGUAAGAGCUGAAUAGAGGAACUAGCAAAGAAAACACCUCAGCACCGCUGUGUUUGUUGGACUACUCUGGAUUUGGUUGCUCCGUUAAGAGGUUUUCUGUGAGAAAAGCUGACAUUUAGCUAUGAGCAAGUUCUGGUUGAACUUCCCCUUGCUUUUGGCUGCAUUAUACAUCACUUCACUAUGUCUAAAUCAUGCAGCUUUGGCGGUACAGGUGACAUCCACAGGACCACAGACGGUGAAGAAAGCUCAGGGGGAGAGUGUUACUCUGGGCUGCACAUACAGCUUGGACGCCUCAGAUGUCGGAGACCUGGACAUUGAGUGGACACUCGUCAGUCAAGACAUGACCCAGAAAGAUGAGCUGAUCUUAUCCUACACUGGAGGGAAACAGUACCAGCUAGGAAACCCAGACUUGAUGAGUCGCUUGAAGUUUGCUGGCGACCCGAGCCUAGGCGACGCCACGGUCAGCAUUUCCAGCGUCAAGGUCUCGGACACUGCCACGUACCAGUGCAAAGUGAAGAAAGCACCAGGCAUCGAUUCGAGGAAACUCACUUUAGUAGUGCUGGUACGACCAUCACAACCUAAAUGUUGGGUGGAAGGUAGCGAGGAGAAGGGUGGGACCGUUUCGCUUCGCUGCAAAUCUUCCCAGGGUUCAUCUCCUCUAAUAUAUGCAUGGACCAAAGAAAGUGGAAACCUGCCACCAACUGCAACACAGAAUCCCCAGACUGGAGAGCUGCUGAUCGGAAAUCACAGUGAGAGCUACACAGGGAGGUACCUUUGUGAGGUCAGCAAUGAAGUAGGCACUGAACGAUGCACAUACGCCCUUCAAGCAUAUAACCCAACCAAUAAAGUGGGAGUGAUUGUGGGAGCUGUGAUUGGUGCAUUGCUGUUGUUUCUCCUCCUCCUUUUCCUGAUCUGGCUCCUGAUUUGCUGUUGCUACAAGAGGCGCUAUGAAAAAGAGCGUGCCAACGAGAUCAGGGAGGAUGUUCCAGCUCCCGAGAGUCGCCCGGGAAGCCGUUACUCCAGCUUCCGUUCUGCACAGAAUUAUUACGGCCAUCAGGGGAUCCAUUACAUCUCGGUUGGCAAAGCUGAUGUCACACAGGCCGAAUCUGGUCCCAGCAGUACCCAAACCGAACGCAGCAGAAUCCAAAGGGAAGCCAACAUGCUUGCGUCUGAUCACAGGCCUUCGCUCAGAUACGACAGCAAAUAUGGAUACGCCGUAUAACCACCAACGUCCUGCCAGUGGACAUGGCACUCAAAAGAUGCAAUACUGCGCAAGACCAUGGCAAGAUUCGAGGGCAUUAAAACUGCACAGUAUAUUCACAUUUGUAAAUUUUCCUAAAGUUCUGGAUAGAGAUCUGCUAAUAUAUAUGUAUAGUUAUGUUGAUGUAUUUUUGUAUGAUUGUUUUAUAAACAUCUAGGUGAAAUGUG